UAGGCGCAGACGCAUCUAUUAUGGCACCAGCGAGUGCUAGACACACGAGUACUUACGAUCCCUGGAGAGGCCUAAAAUGUUUGUCAAUAUGCAAUCGACAGGUAACCGGCCACUUAAAAUUCAGCAACGGCAGCGAAAAAGCUCCAAAAAUUCAUUUUCAUACGAAAAACCCAGCACAAAGUUAGGCUUAACACUGCGAUCGCAGCGUCGAGUGGAGCACAAAAAACCAAGAGCCGAAGUCGAAGCCGAAUCCGCUGCCGAAAGCGCAGACACAAUGAUCGAACCGCUCAUAUAUAAGACCGGGUGUUACCAAAAUAUUUGUGUCAUUGCAGUUUCAUAUACUCGUUCGGUCGGUUGUUGGUCUCCUCGUCGCGAACAAGCUCGAGAAAAUUUUUGAGAAAACGAAAGUGCGUGGGUGUCAGUGCAAGAGUUAAAUAAAAGAGAGUCAGAAAAUGAAAGCGUUCAUUGUUGCCAGUGUUUGUUUGUUCGGCCUGUUGAGCCUGGGCUCGGCACAGUUCCAAAAUGGACGUCUGGAGCCGCCAAAUCCGCAGCUAUGCGCCCAGCGCAUAAUUCACGAGAAGACACCCGAUGGCAAAGGCUACUUUUUCUCGUGGCGUGACCCACAAUUGAAGGGCGUCGAAGAGGAUUGGCUGACUGCCAGAAACUAUUGUCGCAGACGCUGCAUGGACUCGGUUUCGCUGGAGACCAGUCUGGAGAACGAAUGGAUCAAGCAACGAGUUGUAGGCGAAAAUGUGAAAUAUAUCUGGACCAGCGGUCGCUUGUGCGAUUUCAAGGGCUGUGAACGUCCCGAUCUGCAGCCCACGAACAUCAACGGUUGGUUCUGGACCGCUACUCUGCAGAAGUUGGCACCCACCACAGAGCGUUCCCAGGGCGAUUGGUCGCCCACCGGCGGCAUUGGCCUGCCCCAGCCCGAUAACCGUGAAUUCAAACAAAACGGCGCACCCGAAAACUGUUUGGCCCUGCUUAACCAGUUCUACAAUGAUGGUGUUAACUGGCACGACGUGGCCUGCCACCACAAGAAGUCCUUCGUCUGCGAGGAGAACGAUGCUCUGCUGAAGUAUGUGCGCUACACAAAUCCCAAUCUGCGCAUCUAAAACGCUCAAACUCAGACGAAAGUAGCAUCUGGAAUUACGUGUGGAGUUGGAGCCUCGAGCAGCGACUCCAAAUAAACCAAAAAUGAUAUUUUAUGUAGCUACCACAUAUAUGCAUAUAUAUGUUUAUGUGUAUGUAUGUGAAUGUAUGUGCUUCUGUGCGAACAGAUUUGUUCGUUUCGGUGCUGCUCAUAUACUCUUUGCUAGUUACUCUUUGAGUGUCUUUUGAACUUCCGACUAUCCUGAAUGUCUUACGUAAUUUUGUAUAACCAUUUUUCCAAUCUCUGCGCUCUUUCUCAUCAAUUAGAUUAAUUAUUAAUUUUGUAUUAAUUUAUGAUUCUUUAAAUUAUAAUAUAACAUUCCAAACGACGUGAAAAUUCAAA